GUUGGCUAUACUAUCUCAUCGACAAUUAUAUACAAUUCACUGAGACCGUAAUACAAACUUUUAUAAGUUCUCUGUAUUUGAAUUUCACUAUUCAUCAAAAGGGUGGUGCAAUGACGUCAUGGAAUGGCGGGAUAGCUCUUGCGUUUGCGCGGUGAACUUUGUUGUUACUUUCAGGUUGAAAAAGAAUUGUAUAUUGUGUUUAAUUUUAUUGGAUUAAUCAAGUGAAGUAUCGAAAAAUAAUCAAUAUGCCUAGCUCGAGUGUAAGGCUUAAGCUAUACUCGGUAAUAAAACGCUUUCACUUCGAAGAGCUCGAAUCAGCAGUACUACCGAGCUUCCCAGAGGUAACAUGGAAUACAGUAAGGGCAAAAAUAAUAAAGAAUCAUGAGAGCUUCACUGUAUCAAACGUAUUACGUGUUAUUGAGCAAGUAAUUGAUGAUGCCGACUUGAAUGAUAAUGAAUUACAGGAUCGUUUAUACACACUAGAAGUUAUUGACGUGAGUAGGCAUUCUAAAAGAAAAAUCUGGUAUGGCUAUAAGUUGCGUGCUGCUAAUGAACGACCAGCAUUAGUGACUAAUCGCGAGUUGAAGGAUCGUAUCAUAGCAAGUUUUAUGGAGAAUCAAAUUCGCGUGGUGACCCGUGUGGUGUCUCAUGAUGGAAUGAUAUUUGCGUCAAUUGUUGAGAAGCCAAGAAGAACUACUCGACAUAACCAGAACAUGCUGCCAACAUUUUUUGCCUUAUUUCAAAGACAGAACUACUUUUUCAGUUCGAAAAAGAAUAUAAACAAGAAGUAUCUUCAUGCACUGACUUUAAGUCUUAACUUUACUCAGUUUCGAGAGUUAAAACUAGUUGGAAGAGAUCUUAAGUCAUUGAUUAAACUACUCCAUGAAAAGAAACAAGGUGCUGUACAUGCUGACUUCGUAGACACACCUGUCAUUUACACUGAACCAGAACCAGUUGUAAGGAGUACUGGAAUUGACUUCACUCAACAUAAACAUAGACGUGGAUACAUUGAGAAAUGCUUUGGAGAAAAUCCAGCAACUGUUGAAAUGAUUGCUAUCAAUUGUCCGAAGUGUUCAUCUGAAGAAUUACCUAGAAAAUUAAAAAAGGAAAAUAUUGCAACUAAGUGGGAAUUUCGAAGUACCCAUGUCGCCAAUUUUUUAAUGAAUCUAGCCGAACGUCGUGUACUCACUACUCCACUGCCGCCAUACGUAGCAAAUCUCAUGACCGGAGGAAAAACAGUAUUAACACUUCGAAAAUAAUAAUCGUUAGAAUUUUUUUAUUAAAUUGUUUAAACUUGGCAAUUUUAAGAAGAAGGAAUUGACAUUGUCACUACCGGAUUGGACACCAAUUACGGUAAACUGACAAUAUGUUAUGAGUUUAUCACACUGUGCAACAAUCGUUUAAGGUAGACCCAGUGGUCUUAUACAGAAUAUUAGUAAAAGUUUAUUUUUAAUUAUUAUCAGUCAUUUCUAAUUGUACAAAAUUGACAUUAAGCUUUACUUUAGUUAAAUUUUUUAAUUAUAUAUGAAAAUAUACGGCUGACAGUGGAACUGUUAUUAAUUUUUAAGAAAUUUUUAGUUAGCUUAACUAAUUGUAAUUAAGUAUUUAGUAAGUAUUAAGUAAUUGUAAAUACUAACAAUUUUAAUAUGUAUUUAUUUAUUAUUUUAAUGAUAACGAGUAGAACAAUUAUGUAUUAUAGUAAAAAUUACGUUUU